AUGAAGACGGAGAGCAGGCAGCAGUACGACAGUGGAAUCAACACCGGGCAGUAUACGACGAGCUGGAGUUGUUCAGGGAUACCUGGUCAGGAAGCAGAUAACCACAGGAAGCCAGGAAGCCUGCCGGGAAGCCGUUUCCAGUUGAGGAAGAUUAAGAAAAUGCGCGGCAGGAUGAUUAUUUGUUACGCUUGCGGUAAGAAGCGGUACGGCAACAGGAACUGUUGGAGAAAACGAAAUAUCAACGUUCUGGUAGGCAGCGACGACGAGGGUAGUCUGGCGGAAACCGAGGUCGAGCUGCAAAACGGGGUAAAUGUCAAUCCUCUGUUUCGAAAGGUAAAACUAAAUAGCCAAUUGGUUAUGUUCGAGCUCGAUUCAGGAGCAACAUAUACAGUUAUGAGCAAAUGUGACUAUUUGAAGAGUUUUUCUGAUUUACGUCUUCGGCGAAUUACGGUUAAGUUGACAGUAAUUACUGGAGACCUUUUGAAGAUCGCUGGAUUGGUUAAAGUUAAAGUUAAAUGUGAGAGUGGUCGACCGUUGGUUUUACCCUUAAUUAUUAUCGAGGGUAAUAGAUUUUGUCCGCUAAUGGGUCGAAAUUGGUUAGGUGCGUUGUAUCCCAGAUGGCGAAAAAUCAUCUUUAUCGAUGAGCCGGCAAAUGACCAGAGUUGUGAGCGUGAAAGAGAGAGAUUACUUUCAGUAUUAUAUACGGAGUACCGUGAGCUUUUCAUAGACAACCUACAGUAUUUGGUCGAUGAUUUUGAAGUUAGCGUUCGUGUAAAAGACCAUGCGUCUCCGGUAUUUUGUAAGCCACAUGAGGUGCCAUUUUCACUCAAAGAUAAGGUCUCAGGUGAGCUGGAAAGGUUAGUGAGAGAAAAUAUUCUUAAACCAGUGCGCCAUGCUGACUGGGCAUCGCCAAUUGUGGUAGUCCCUAUGCCGGAUGGUAGCGUAAGAGUUUGCAUGGACUGCAAAGUAACAAUGAACAAAGUCAUUUGCGAUGAAUAUUAUCCGCUGCCUAACAUUAACGAUGUACUCGUCAAAUUGAGUGGGUAUAAGUAUUUUGCAAAAUUUGAGCUCCAGGGUGCGCAUAUGCAGAUCAAGGUCACCGAAGAGUCACAGAAAUACCUAGUCGUAAACACUCACAAAGGCUUGUACGCAUAUGAAAGACUGCCGUUUGGAAUUUCGAGUGCUGCAUCGACGUUCCAGCGGAUUCUAGACAAAAUUUUAGUUGGCAUAGAUGGUGUGGAGAGUUACCAAGAGGAUAUUCUAAUAGGGAGCGGGACGAUUGAAGGAUUAAUUGCAACGGUUUAUGAAGUUUUGGAUCAGUUACAAAAGCACAAGAUAAAGGUCAGAUUGAACAAGAGUGAGCUUUUGGUGCAAGAAAUUCGGUAUUUUGGGCAUGUGGUGUCGGAGAAAGGUCUCCAUUCAUCUGAUGAGAAUGUAAAGGCAAUCACCGAGGCUCCACGUCCCCAAAAUGUUUCGCAGUUAAAAUCGUUUCUAGAUGUGAUUAUUUACUAUUCGAAGUUCCUAUUGAGCAUGCCGGUAGAGCUUGGUCCACUUUGGGCGUUGUUGAAGAGAAACUUACGCUUUGAGUGGGAUGAACAGUGCGAGCGAGUGUUCGGUGAGUGUCAGAAACUUUUGCUGAGUUCCGACCUGCUGGAAUUGUACAGUCCUGAGCUACCCAUUGUGAUUGUUUGUGAUGCGAGUUCAAGUGGGGUGGGAGUUGUGUUGUGCCACAAAGUUGGAGAUAUAGAGAAACCUGUGUUUUACGUUUCUAGUACGUUGUCUGUAACGGAAAAGAAUUUUCCGAAACUUCAUCGAGAGGCACUAGCGGUUGUGUUCGGGCUAACAAAGUUCUUCAAGUACAUUAACGGUAAAAGAUUUACGAUCGUCACCGAUAGCAAACCGUUAGCUAGUAUUUUUAACUUUAAGAAGGGUAUCCCGUUAUUAACCGUAACGCGAUUGCAAAACUAUGUCCAUAGGUUAGCGAGCUUUGAUUUCGAAAUUGAGUGCCGAACAGGUCCGAAAGUCGCAACCGCCUUGAGUAAUUUGCCGAUUCAAGGCCACACAGGGGAAGAGGAUGUCGUUGAUCUUCGUUGGUUGAGUCACGAAGCGGAAGCUGUCGAUGCGGAGAAUAUCGGUACGAUCACUCAGGAUGAUCCGAGAAUGAGAGAGCUUUUUCUGUGUGUGAGAGACGGAUGGAAAGAGGGCGCGGUUCCAGCAGAUUUGGAUUUCUUUUAUUCGAAUCAGAGCUGCUUGUCGCUGUACAUGGAUUGUGUAAUGUAUUCCGAGAGACUAGUCGUCCCAAAAUCUUGCCGGGAGCGCAUCUUAGAGUUGCUGCAUGGACGCCAUUUAGGUGUAGUUCGCAUGAAACAAACAGCUCAAAAGUUUGUGUUUUGGCAGGGGAUAGAUAAAGAAAUCGAGAAAUACGUCCAGCAAUGCGGGCUGUGCGCUAGGAUGGAUGGAUAUUAG